CUGAAGGAGGCCUUUCCGAAGUUGCAGACCGUCGGAUUUUAAAAGGAGGAUGACAUUGGAGCCAACGGCAUCUUCUCUUUGGCAUAAACCGUCCGUUUAACCUCUUAAUUUAAUUUCCAUCCAGUCCAGCCAUCCCACAGUCUAUUGAAAGGUGAGGAUGGAGCGCGCACCCAGCGCCCCAAGUCCUCCUCCCAAAGCAGCCCAGCACGAACCCAUCAGCUUCGGUAUCGACCAGAUACUCAGUAACGGUGCUGACUCUGAGACCGGCCGGACCAGCAGCAGAUACGGUUCGGAUACAAGCAGUGGAGACGGUUACCGUUUGGGAAGCACAACUGGAGGGAGUGCUGCCACCUACACUGCGCUGUCCAUCUCCCUCUCCGGCAUGGUACCACAGUUAGAGGAUCCUGGUUUGUACGGAGUGAACCAUAGCCUGGGCAGCAGAGGAGUGAUCCGGGUGCCCGCUCACAGACCGUUGACUACCUCGGGGCCGCCGCACUUGACGAGCGCUGUACCCGGGUAUGGAGGCCUGUGUUACCCGUGGGUCGGGAAUAGGUUCGCCAAGGACAGGUUAUCAGGUAACUUUCCGAUAGAACCCUUAGCAUCAAAUAAUGUUAUUGAAAAAAAUACACAAUUUCAUGCGCAGUGAUUUAGGUUAUCUAUUUGAACAUCUCCCCGUUUCCCGUAAUGGCAAUUUUACUUUCAAUGUGUUCAAAACAGCUUAGCUUACAAUAAGCAAUAAAAACUAAAAUAAUAAAAAUGAUGUGAUUAAUAAAAUAACCAUUCAUUUAAUCUUCAACCUUUUAUGCAUAAAACAAAUCAGAAAAUCUAGGUUUACAUUUUAAAAAUGUAGUCAUUUAGCAGACUUGACCCAUGCAAUUUUACUGAAAUUGUAACCUGUUUCGUUAUUCUUCUUAACCAUUUAGCCUAUACUGUAGCAAGGAAAAUCACACAAAUAUUGAAUUGGUCUAUAAAAAGAUGGCCUUUUUUGUUAAUUUUUGACCUAUAACAACGAAGUGAGUGAGAAAAAUCUCAGACAAAUUAUUUGGUGCUAGAAGACCCUAAACCCUAAACUGGAAGUCAAUGAAAAUGGAGGCAUUUACAGAGAGAUCAAAUCAAAUAUAAAAUAUACUAUUUUGGUUGAUUUUACAAUGCAAUUUCAAUCAAUUAUAGGCUACCGAUUAAAAAGUUAUUAACAUACCACGUGAAAUAGGAAAACAUAAUAAACAAUGUUAUUGUACCAAUUAUGUUGGGAGUCAUUCUUUUCCACAGGGAUUUUAUUUUCACCAUAGUUCACACCCAACAGUUUAGACAAAGACAUAUGAAGAACUCGAAAAUAUUCUCCCCAAGAGUGGUUUCCCAUAGUGUGAAUGUUAUGCCAUAAUGCUAUUGAUCUAUUUAAUUUUUAAUAUUCCAAUUCGGCACUCAGAACUGAACCCAAAAUGAUUAACUCCCUGUAUUUACAAGGCUAUUUCAUGUGAUUGUUUGUUCACGCUAGAGGAAGCAAGCCUAACUUGAAUAGCCAGACAGGAAUGAUGGCUUUAUCCACAGAAAAUAAUCGGAUAAAAUAAAAAGGAAGAUUCACACAUUUCAGGUGGGUUAGUCGAUGUAGGCCCAAACAGAACUGCUCGGUUUUAUGCAGGCGUCAAAAUCAACCAAUAUGAUAAAUAUUAUUCUGUUCUACUACUUUCUUUCUCCAAAAACAUUUAUACCCUAACCUUUGUUUUCGGGUGAGGAUUAUGUAGGCCCUACAAGUAGGCCUACUACCAAACCUUAUGAACUGUAACGAAGUUGGAGGCUCACCUCACUCUUCCACUACGUAAACUCAACCUCCAGUCUGUCUUUCUGCUCUCUCCAUCAGCUCUCGUGCCAUUCACGGUGACCCGGCGAAUAGGUCAUCCAUACCAGAACCGCACGCCACCCAAACGGAAAAAGCCUCGGACAUCGUUCUCCCGUGUGCAGAUUUGUGAGUUGGAAAAGCGCUUCCACCGGCAGAAGUACCUCGCGAGCGCGGAGCGGGCCACCCUCGCCAAGAGCCUGAAGAUGACGGACGCGCAGGUCAAGACCUGGUUCCAGAACCGCCGGACCAAAUGGAGGUCAGUUGAUCCAUGAGCUUACAUGUUUACUCAAACCUUGAGUUUACCUCAUAGAGAUGGAUAGAGGUAUCUAGUGCCCAAAAGCCAGUUUUAGCAUGUGCAGGCCAUUGAGGACUUUCACCAUUUUGAAGCAGUCAACUGGGUGGGACUUCCUAAGGGUUAAGGAAGGACCACAUGAUUCCAUCCAGGUCAUCAGGAGGGAUCAGCCAAUUAAUUAUACUAGUGAGCAAACAUUCCAUAACUGCAGAUGGCACUAAAUUGUCAAAACUUGGCUUUAUACAUUUUCAAACAACACACUACAGAUGGCAGUAUGCACCCUUUCAGUUUCUUUGCCAACUCAUAGAAGUAGUAGAAGAAGAAAAUAUACAACUUCAAAAUAGAGAUGGCCUCAAUGGCGCUGCCCAUUCUCUCACAGACACCAUAAAUAGGACAGGUAAAAUGAAGCGAUGUCUAUCUAAGUCUAUGGUUUACCUCUUCAUUUUAUAUGUUUUCAAAUCUCAUUCACCAGUCACUUCCGCUCAUGCACAAUUAGUCUGGGGAGGAGGUUAGUUUUCAGCUAGGCCUUAAUGGGGACUAAUCAUUUUCGGGUUGUGUGAAUGUAUAAUUGCAGAGGAUUUUAAACUAAAGGAAAACAGACUCAGGCUGUUCUUACCAUCAUGUUUGUUCCUGGCACUGAUUUCAAUUCCUGGUUCUGUCUUAAAAGGAGACAUACUGGUGGUAGGCCUACAGGAUAUUCCUAUCGUUUUUUGGGAAGAAACAUUUGGGAUCUACCAGCUGGUUCCAGUUGCCUAGUGUGCUUAUUAUGGGAUUGUUCAGGAGAGUCGCUAUGAUCUAUGUACUGUGAUGCCAAUUUUUACACUUGUGUUAUAAGAAAAAGUAAGCUGUAGAUGAAUAUGGAAUGUUGAGGUGGUUUAUAAAUGUCCACUAUAGGCUACUUAAGUGUGACCAUUGCUGAAUGUCAACAUAUAAAUAUAUUUUGUUCAUAUUUCGAUUUUAUGCAAUUAAUCUCUCUCUUUUUGCUCUCUCAGGAGACAGACAGCGGAGGAGAGGGAGGCUGAGCGGCAACAGGCCAAUCGGCUGAUCCUGCAACUGCAGGCCGACGCCCUCCACAAGUCCCUCAGCGAAUCAGCAGGCUCCGACCCACUGUGCUCACAUAACUCCUCCCUGUACGCCCUGCAGAACAUGCAGCCCUGGGCCGAGGAGAGGGAGUAG